AUGUCCGAGUGCGUGCAGGCAGGCAAGCAGGCUGGCUGUGCGGCAGAGCACGUUGAGCAGUUGGAUCGAGAGAGCUGUUUUGAGCGGUUGCGCUUGGCUGUGGGCGAGAUUGCCUCUCUUGGGGCCGUGCCUGACGCCGCUGCUGCCUCGCCCCUCCGUUUCGCUUGUUUUCGCUCUCCCGUGGCCGCACCCCUCGCCUGUUUGGCUGCACUGCACGUCCUCAACCCUCUGCAGCAACCGAAACAGCAGCAGCAGCAGCAGCCGCCCGCCCGCCCGCCAAACAGCCCAUCAUCGGUCCCGCUCCAGAAGCUCACUCACUGCCUACCGCCGCCCGCUGUGUGCGAGGAAUCGUCGUCCCCUUUCCUCUUGCUGGCUAUCCUUGUCUCCACUCCGUGUUUGUCACCAUCAGUCUGGGUAUCUCCUUCCUCUUUACCUGACUUUGAACCACGGCGAGUGCUCCGACUUUCCCUUCUUUCCUCUCCACCUCUCGGUCUCCUCGUCGUCACCCGAUUCGAUCUCGCGUCCAUCGGUGUUCGGCCAAAACAUCCACCCAAGGCUGCCGCCUCCGAGUCCAUACUCUCGCAUCCCACAUCCCACCCCGUUACACCUCACACCUCGAUCGUAGCGACUGCAGCCAACAUGCACUUUUUCAGCAGCAUCGGCCUUGUGGCUGCCCUGCUUGCGCUCGCACAGCUGGCGCAAGCUGCACAGGUCGCCGUCACCCAGAUCUCUUGCAACUACCUCUACUUCACCCUCAGCCUCACCGCCGCCGAAGCGCGCGAUGCCGUCUACCUUGGCGUCUACAUCGGCGACAACAUGAUCUCCGAGAUCCAGUUCAACUCGGCCUACGCCAACACCAACACCUACCAGUGGUAUGCCCCCUUCUUCCAGGGCUCCGGUCCCACCACUUCCGGCACUCAGGACGUCACCUUCCGUCUGCUCGACACAAACGAGGAGCCCAUCGCCGCCUACCCAAGAAUCACCCAGCCGCUCGCCUUCCAGUGCGGCACCACCCUCACCACCUCCACCACCGCCCUCGGCACCGCCACCUCCUCCUCGCCCCGUGCUUCCAACACCAGUGGUGGCGGCUCCUCCGGCUCCGCCAACGACAGCGGCUCCGGCUCGGGCUCCUCCUCGUCCACCGGUGCCAUCGCUGGUGGCGUUGCAGGUGGUGUGGCCGCACUCGUCAUCGUCGGCCUCGUCGCCUUCUGCCUCAUGCGCAAGAAGAAGAAGCAGAACCAGCAGCAGAGCCGCCUCCGCAACGACGAAGCAGACGAGGCCGCCUUCCGCGCUCCCAACAACGACUCCACCACCUCGCUUGCCACUGCCCCGGAGACCGCCAACACUCCAAUGAUGCGCGACAUCUCCACCAAAAACGUCUUUGCCGACCCUUCCACCUCAGCCUUCUCGGGCGCUCCCUCGGGCACCUCCACCCAGUACUCGGCGCUCAACAACAACGCCGCCUCCAGCUCCAACGUCGGAGCCGGUGCCGGUGCCGCAGGCGCCGCUGCAGCUGCAGGCGGCAUCGGUGCCGCCGCCAUCGCCGCCCGCAAGCAGUCGCGCGAAAACACUCGCGCCCGCUCGCCCAGCCACGCCUCCGACCGACGUCCCUCGUCGGAAUUCUCCAAGGACAAUUCUGCAAGCCCUUCGUCCCAGGCGCCUCCUCCCGUCCCUGCGCUGCCCACCCCCAUGCCUGCUGCUGCCUCACCCAAGCAGAACACAAUGGCGGCCGUGCCUCCUGCCAAUCCCUCCGCUUCCGCCGCCGCUUCUCACCCACCUUACUCGGCCUCGAGCCCAGCGACAGCCAACAAGGAUGCCUCGGUCGCCCCUCUCGCAGCUGGAGGCGCAGCAGCAGCAGCAGCCACCACAGCUGCUGCCGCCGCCGCCGCAAGCAACAAGGACACGAAGGACAAGUCGAGCAAGUGGGGCUUCAAGCGCGCCUCCAAGGACACGAGCACCAACAAGCUGCCAUACCCGCCUGCCGUGCCCGAGUCGAGCGCACUUGCCCCCUCGGUCGAGACUCCCUCGGCGUCAAGCAACUCGUCCACGUCCAAACAGUCGGCCGAGGUUCCGGUCCCCGCUUCGCCCUCACGAUCGUUCAAGGUGAUCCCCAAGCCCGCCGCUGCACCCGCUGCACCCGCUGCAUCCACCGCCGGCCCGAGCAGCCCCUCGAUCGCGCCGAGCGAGAACAGCUUGAAUCGCACUCCCGUCUUCCCGCCGCGCUCGGGACCGGCGACGCCGGCCGGAUCGAUCCGCGGCACCAACUACUCGCGUGCUCCUUCGGUCGCCUCGAUGACCGCCGGCUUUGCCGAUGCGCCGCCCAUGCCUUCGGGUGCGUCCGUGUCGUCGGCGCCCGUGAGCGAGUUUGGCGGCAACAUGGCUGGCGUGGGUGCCGGCCGUUCGUUUGCCGCUUCGUCGGGCAACUCGACAAAGUGGCACCAGCAGAGCUACAACAUCAUGCCCAACUUCAGCCACCGUGCAUUGGCGCGCUCGACGCAGCUCGACGAGGACCUCAUCUUUGGCCACCUUGGCAUGGGCCUCACCCCGCCCCCGGGUCCUGCGGGCAACGGCAGCGAGACCGGCAGCUCUAAGAGCCGCACCGAUCCGUUUGGUGACCGUUGA